CUCGAUUCAAUAUGGCGACUCGGACGUACUGCUGAGCGGUUGUGUUUGUCAUGUUAAAUUUUAAGAUUUUUGAGAGUGUUUUCAUAUGUGGCCGUUAAUAUGAUAUCGUCUAUAAUAUCCCGAUUAGUGAUAUUGGUAUUCGGGACCCUCUACCCGGCUUACGCUUCAUAUAAAGCUGUGCGGACGAAGAACUUGAAAGAAUACGUAAAAUGGAUGAUGUACUGGAUAGUUUUCGCAUUGUUCACGUGCACGGAAACGUUCACGGACGUGUUCCUCUCGUGGUUCCCGUUCUACUACGAGGUGAAGAUAGUACUCGUGCUGUGGCUCCUCUCGCCUGCUACCAAAGGCUCCUCCAUUCUGUACAGGAAGUUUGUACACCCGGCGUUGUGCAGGCGAGAACAGGAGAUAGAUGAGUACAUAGCAAAGGCCAAAGACCAGGGCUACCACACAGUGCUCAACCUGGGCACAAAGGGCGUGAACUACGCCACCACAGUUAUUAUGCAGACUGCCAUUAAGAACUUGAAUUUGCCGAGUCCCGAGCAAGAGCGCAGGGCCCUGCCGGGUCGCGACGCCCCCGACGGCUAUCGAGAGCCGUACGACGACCUCGACUACCGACCGGCCGGCGACCGCAGCCUGCCCGGCAUCGUAGAGAUAGUCGAACUCGACAACGACGACUUUCCCGGCGACGACGCCGAUCCGAACGACCCCGACUUUGAGCCCCAAUCCUCUGCCCGCAGCCGUGGCAACGUGGCCAGAAAACGCAAAACCGUAAAGGAAACUAGGCCCAGAAGCAAGUCCAGGGGCCGAAGGACCAGAAGUCAGACCGCCGUCGAGAAGGAAAACAAAGAAAUACUUGUUGACUGAACGCGGCUCAACUCAACUGUGAUGUAGAACGAUUUAGGCUAUGUUUAGGGUUACGUUAACUUUCCAGUGGAUUGUAAAUUUUGACGUAACAUAUCAAGUUUACUCGUUUAGGAAGUUAAUUUCUAAUGCCUACUUGUAACCAUAUGAAUGCCAAAGUUUUCAAUGCCGUUAUUUACGUAUCACAUUUGGCUGAGAGAUGUCUGUGUUGUGAAUCUAGUACUGAGAGUUGUGAAAUUAAAAAUUACAAUAUUUUUGAUAACACAUUAUCGAGAGUAGGUAUCGAGUGUCCAUUGUAUUUAAGCUUUUUACAGUUAUUUUUUUCGAAUCGUAAUAUAAACGUCUGUAGUACUACCUAUUUAUUAGAUUAAAAUUAAAUACGCAGUUUAUGGCAUUUAUGAACGCUCCGCCAUUGUUAUGUAAAGUCACCAUCAGAUAUAUUGAAGGGGCCAUCUGGCCAACAUGAUCAUAAAUUUCUGAACACGCCUCAUUGUUUUGUUUUGUUUUUGAGCAGUCCAACUGCUCUGAUAUAUCUGAUAGCGGGCAUCAUGUCACGACUCACAUCAAACAUCGAAUUUCUUCUGUCUUUCGCUCCAAAAUCGAAAGAGUCACAGAUAAACAAAUAGAAAACAUUAUGAUUUGAUUAUUUGCCAAUUUUGAGGUUGCCUGUCUUUACAUUUUGUUACUUUUAGUUAAAAAAAUCGCGCAUGCUCAAUUAACUUAAUAAAUUUUUAUUGUUUGGAUCUAGAACCUCGCAUCAUGUCAUUGUUAAGACGAUUUUUACUUUUAUAAUUACUUUAACUUUUAUACUACAUUGACUUUAUUUUAGCUAGAUUCAUUAGUUUAAUGCGUAAUAUCAACGCAAAUGUAUGUACACUACUAGACUUGAUUUGAGUGACUGAAUUAGUUAAAUUAAACUUAAUUAAUUAUU